AGCGAACUGAGUUCGUAAGCUUCAGAUGAAAGAUCGCAAGAAAGCACCACCGUUUCACGAAUGCGAGCUCAAACUUCUCAUGAAACUCUAUUGCGAUUCCUAUGAAGAAUAUCAUGGAAGAGGAAAGACUAGCGAAUCAGGAAAACAUCACAACGACAAGAAAACCUUGCUGAGACGAUUUGCUAAGGAAGUGUCGAACUUGGGAUUCUAUCAGCGUACCGAAAAACAGAUUGAGGAACGUCUUCGAGCCGAUUGUAAACGUGUACGAAAGCAUGAGCGAGCGCGAAUUCAUGAAGGGCACGAGGCGGUCAUCAACAGUCUGCCGUCAUAUCUGCAUCAGUUAUAUGAAUGCCGUAGAAAUAGGGCUGCACUAAAUGGUGCUGCCAGCGCAAAUAACGAUGAAGACCUCGAACUUGAUCACCAUCCUGACAUCACCGAUGAAUCUGCAUUUGAUAUGUCUCAACCCGGCACAAUGGGCAAGGUUAAGGAGGAGAUGAUGACUCCAAGAGAUGGCAGUCCAUCAGGAGAACCACAAUCAAGUGAAGUUUUUACGGAGGAAGAUGUUAUGGAUGAAACUGCUCCCACAUCGACUACACCCAGUCAAAGGAGGGGGCCUCGAAGAUAUGUCAGAGCGGCUAGAGCAGAAUCAACAGAACCCGGACCUUCUGUUGAUCGAAGAGAGCAGUUGUACGAAGAAGAGAUCAAGUUGUCUAUGCUACGUCAACAGCUGGCAUUAGAGGAGCUGAAGCUAAUAGUGAUCAAAAAUGAUUUGGCGCGAGCUCAACUAGAAAGGGAAACUAUUGCAACGGAAAGAGAACGUUUCGAGCUAGAAAGAGCCCGACAGGAGCAGUAUGCCGAGGAGCUGAAACUAUUCAAUAUCAAGCAAGAUCUAGCACGUGUGCAAUUGGAGCGAGAGACAAUAGCGCUAGAGCGCGAAAGGUUAAAGCUGGAACGAGAAAAACAGCAAAAUGGCGAGACAAUUGUUACUCGAAAGACUUCGAAAUGAGUUAUGACCAUAAAAUCAUAAGUGACCAUAGUCUUUCCUUACUAUUAUCUUGUUAAGGCCUACUAUACGUGUAAUUUGUUUAUGUGAUGGUUAUUUGUUGUUUGUUUACAGUGCGAAGUGUAUUUAUGACGUUAUGUACCAUUAGAUUGAAUUUAUCUCUGUAGGUGAUUGCAGCAGUGAUUUUUGUCAUGGGUAAUAGAGUUUACAAGAUGUCUCAUACCACAUGUCAGUUUUCGUUGCAUUAAUCGCUUAUAUAAAGGGUUAGGUCAA